UUUAUCUUUCCAAGGAAGCAAAAACAGGAAAAGCAAAAACUCCAUUUCAUUUCAUUGCGAACCACUCGCGCACACGGUUUUUAGCUUCAUUAUCCAGAUUUUUUUAUCGAAAAGAAAUUCAGUCUGAAGAGAGAAACAAUGGCGAAAUCAAUUGUUUCAGCCGUUUUGGAGAAGUUGGGUUCCUUAAUAACGAUACCCGAUGAGAUAAAACAGAACAUUGAGUUGGCUCUGGCUCUUGAGGAAGAAAUCGGGAAGCUGUCUGUUCAUUUUCAAGAUAUUCAAUCAGUUCUUCAAGAUGCAGAAUCGAAACAGGUAAAGGAUGGUCAUGUGAGAUAUUGGUUGAAGAAACUCAAAGAUGCAGCUUAUGAUGUUGAAGAUGUGUUGGAUGAAUGGAAAUCUGCGAAACUGAAACCACAGCUUGAGAAAGAAGAAGAAGUCGGAAAUUUCCCCUUGUUCAAGAAGAUGCGCCGUUCUAUCUCUUCUCUUACCUUUCAAACUAUGCUACACUAUAAUAUUGCAUCGAAGAUAAAAAACAUAAAUCAACAACUUGAUUGUAUAGCUAAUGAAAAAGAUAGAUAUAAGUUUGGGUUAGAGAAGGACGUUGAAGAAUCCCAAAGGCUAGUAACUGCGUCUUUCAUAGAUGAAGAUGAAGUUUAUGGAAGGUUUGAAGAUACUACAAUUCUAGUGAAUAUGUUGGUUGGGGAGAAUAGUAGUGGAGGGUCAAGUCUCGAUGUCAUCUCUAUAGUAGGGAUGGGGGGGAUCGGGAAAACGACACUUGCUCAACUGGUUUAUAAUCACAAUGAUGUUGAAUGUCAUUUUGACAAGAGAAUAUGGAUUUGUGUCUCAGACCCUUUUGAUGAGAUAAGGAUUGCCAAAGAGAUACUUGAAGCAUUUAAAGGUGAAAGUCCAAAAUUAGUUGGAAAGGAUAACAUCUUGCUGGAAGUACGUAGCCAUGUUUUAGGGAAGAAAAUGCUCAUUGUGUUGGAUGAUGUGUGGACUGAAGAUGCAACAAAAUGGGGGCAAUUGAAAAAUUCCCUCAAGUAUUGCUCUCUUGGGAGUAGAAUUUUGGUAACUACUCGUAAGGAAAAAGUUGCUACUAUUAUGGGAACAAUGUCAUCAAACGUAUUUCUUUUACAUACUUUGUCUCAAGAGGAAUGUUGGUCAUUACUCAGACAUAGAGCAUUCUGUGGGAGGACAAGAGAGGAGAGUGAAAAUUUAGAAGAUAUCGGUUGGAAAAUUGCCAAAAAGUGCCAGGGCUUGCCGCUUGCUGCGAGCAUUCUUGGUGGUUUGCUGCGGUUCAAGAGAACUAGAGAACAGUGGCAGAGUAUCUUGGAUAGUGAAAUAUGGGACAUUGAAGAGGCUGAACGAGAUCUUUUCCCUCCCUUGUCUUUGAGUUAUUAUGAGUUACCUUUGGCUCUAAAGCAAUGCAUUUCAUAUUGUGCUGUCUUUUCAAAAGAUACAAUAUUAAGCAAAGAUGAAUUGAUCAAGUUGUGGAUGGCACAAGAUUACCUGAAGGGAGUGUGGGUUGAAGAGAUGGAGAUUGUCGGUGAGGAAUAUUUUGAUGAGCUAAAGAUGCGUUCCUUUUUUUAUGUUUUUAAAAGGGAUGAACUUGAUAGUGGUAUUGUGAAAUACAAAAUGCAUGAUUUGGUUCAUGAUUUUCUUCAAGUUCUAAUGGAAACGGAAUGUUUGAUGAUAGUAAGUGAUGGCUUUGAAAAGUUAAAAGUAGACUCGUCUUUUGAAAGGGUUCGCCAUGCAACAUUGAAACGUAGAGAAGCUACACCAAUGGAACCUAACAUUUACCAUUUCAAAAAGUUGCGUAGCCUUCUUGUUGACUCGAGCUAUCAUGAUACUUCCUCUCUAGGCCCAUAUUUGCCCAAGUUGUUUGAUCAAUUGACUUGUCUAAGGACAUUAAAUUUGAGUAACAGUUUGUUUGGAAAUUCAAUUGAAGAACUUCCUGAUGAAAUAGGAAAUAUGGUUCACUUGAGAUAUCUUAACUUGAAAAACAAUAGAAAAUUGAAAGAAUUACCUGAAUCGCUGUGCGAGUUGUGCAAUUUACAGACCUUAAACCUAAAAUGGUGUGAUAGUCUAAAAGAAUUACCGAGUGGAAUUGGAAAAAUAAUCAACUUGAGGCAUCUUGAGAAUGAGCGAACAGACUUGAGAUUGAUGGCAAUGCCAAAAGGAAUAGGAAGAUUAACAAACCUUCAGACACUAAGUGUGUUCGUGGUGACUGAUAACAAUAAUGCAUCUACUCUUGGAGAUCUUCAAAUGUUAAAGUAUCUUCGAGGGCAUCUUAAGAUUAGUGGGUUGGGAGCUGUGUGUGAUUUGACUGAAGCUAAGAAAGCAGAAAUUCGAGAAAAGGAAGGCCUACGCACUUUGAUACUGGAUUUUGCUAUUCCUAAGGGAUUGAUGUCAGAAAGGUUGCUGAGAACAAAUGAUGGGGACCUUCUUGAAGCUUUGGAACCACCUCCUUGCUUGGAAAAAUUGGAGAUAAGGUGCUACCGUGGCCGCACCAUAUACCCCUAUUGGAUGAUGGGUUUGACCAAUUUGAGCCAUGUUUCACUAGGUUCUUGCUUGCAUUUGAACUUUUUGCCUCCCUUGGGGAAAUUGCCGUCCCUUGAAUCACUCUAUAUAGGGGAAAUGAGAAGAGUGAAAGAAGUGGGAGUGGAAUUUUUGGGUGUAGAAAGAGAAGAGACAUCAGCACUGCCAUCAUCUUCUGAAUCACCUUCAUCAUCUAUUAUUGCCUUCCCUAAUUUAAAACAUCUUGAAUUCUUUGAUUUGAAAGAAUGGGAAUCUUGGAUGCCAUUGACAAUCAGAGAAGAAGAGCAUAUUAGUGUAAUGCCUCAGCUUCGUUCCCUAACUAUUGGUUCCUGCCCGAAGUUGAGGGAACUACCGUGCUACAUUCUUCAGAAUACUAGUCUAAGGCAAUUGGAUAUAAGUCAGAGUCCUAUUCUUUCAGGACGUUGCAGAAAGGAGACUGGAGAGGACUGGCUAAAAAUUUCUCACAUUCAUAGCAUCAUAAUCGACGGUCUAUGCACUCAAGUAAACAGCUCUUCUGUUGAAGAGUUUGGGGUAUUGCGAUUGCAACCAAUACACAGCUCUUCAUCAACUUUGGAAUUUUUCCUCGAAGCCUUCCGACAGAAUUGAUGGGAGAUAUGUAUGAACUAUAGUUAUCUUUAUGCCUUUUUUAUUGAAGGAGACACAAAGGGGCUUCUCCAAAAGAGAUGUUACAAUCAUGGUAUCAUAGCCUUGAUUUUGCCAGCCGUGGGUGUGGGAAGAGGUUUCCUUUAGGUACAUGCCAACUUUUUGACAAAAGGCGCUUUCAAUAUCAGUGAACUGGUGCUUCAGUAUGAAAUUUGGUCAAACCAGCGGUUAAACGGUUUUUGAAAAAGUGUCAUAGAGUUUCAGCUAGAUUGAGACUAAAAGAGCUGUUAGCUAAGCCUUCGAUCUUCUUUGCUUCAUGGGAUGAUGCCAUUGGAAAGAAGGAAGGUUACUAAAGCACGCUGCAUCUCUAGAUUUUGUGUGGUGCCAAUAAAGGUAAACGGGCAACAAAUCAUGGUUAUGGAAGGAAGGCAUUAUUUUUCAUCAUAUAUUGAUCCUGUGUCGAAAUUGGUCGUUACUUUGCGAGUCAUCCUUAUGAUCUGUAAAUCCUGUUGUGUAAUGUUCAUACUCUUGUGUAACAUAGCUUUUACCCUUGUGCAUAUUCAACGUUCAUAUCAAAAGCACUUAUAUAUUUAAUGAAUUGUACGACUCAUUUAUUCAUAAUUUUUCA